AUGGCUCUUACUGAUCAACAGUUACGACAAGAAUUAAUAAGUUAUGGUGAAACUGUUCCUCCGAUUACUCAACGUAAUCGUGAACAACUUCGUACUCGACUUGAAGCUCUUCAAUCCCAAAUACGUACACGUACUGCUGCUUCGCCAUCUCGAGUUCAAGCUACUGCUUCACCUUCACGAGCGCAAACUAAUGGUUCACCGUCACGGUCUCAAGUUGCCACUGCUUCUCCAUCGCGUUCAACACGUGCAACUGCUUCCCCAUCAAAACCGCUUACUAGUGCUUCUCCAGCACGUGCUACUGCUUCACCGGCGCGAGCGCUUACUACGAGUUCACCAUCACGUACUCGUUCAAGCACAACCAAUAUUACAGUAGCCUCACGUCAAUCAACGCGAUCAAAACAACCAACUAAUCUUAUUGAAUUAAGUGAUUCAGAAACAGAUUCGGCAUCGAUGGCUGCUCUUGCCUUACGAUCGACUCGUUCUGAUCAAACAACACCAAAAGUACAAACGCGUUCAACUGGGUCACGUCGUCAACAGGAUUCACCAAGUACAUCAUCAUCAGUUAGCGAAAUCUCACCGCCACCAAACAUAACUGAUGAUGUUGAACAAUCUAUUGCUCGUCAUCGUCGAGAAAUUAAACAAUUACUCGAUUCAGCACGUGAUCGAAAUCGUGCUGCGAACACGAAUGUUUCAAUAUCUGCUGAGCUAUCAGGAACACCAAUACGUCCACCAUCAAAAGUUCAUAUUGAUACGCAACCAGAAAAACUUGAUGAUCAAGUGAAACAAUCACCAAAACCUAGUACAGGAAAGCGAAAAACAACAUCAUUAUGCAUAUGUAUAGGAAAACCAUUCCGAUCAUUAUGGCAUACAUGUACCAAUCUUCCAUUCAAUCCAUUAAAACUUUUACUUGUUACGCUAGUUCUUCUCGGUGGAAUUAUCUUUAUAGUUAACAAUCAUGAAGAUAUAUUUCCACGUCAGAAAGAUAUAAAUUGUUCUGUGAAGAAUGCAACUAGCUGUGAAGAUAUGAAACAAAUAAUCGCUGAAGUACAAAAGCAACUUAAAAUACGAACUGGUGAAGUAGACUGUGGCAUUCGUGCGAAAUCUGAUGUGUAUGUUACGAAAAAUGACAUUGAAAAACGUUUAGAUGAAAAAAGAUUGAAAUUCAAUUUGGGCGAUGCAGAACGAUGGAAUGCAUUGGUUACUUUUAUAUUAAAUAAGCCAGUGACUGAUAUAUUAAUGUGGAAUGGAAAAGUACAAACAAAAAAUCUUUCUGAAGUGACAGCAUUAAGCACAGAAGAAGCAUUACGUUCAAUUGCUUGCCGUGCUCAACAAGAUAUUAGUAAAACAGCGAGAAAUCUAAUAUUACUUAUCAUAGGAUCCACUGGUCUUUUAACAUUAGCAUGGUAUCUUCAAAAACAAUCGAAAGCACACGAAGAGAAAGAAGAAAAAUAUUAUAAUCUUCUUGAAAAUGUAAAUAAAUUACUUGAAGAACAACAUGAAAAAUAUCUUCAAGAUCCUAAGAUACAACCGUGGCUUGCUAUUAAUCAAAUUCGUGAAAAGCUUAUUUCAGAAAAAGAUCAAGAAAAAUUAAAAGAUACUUGGGAACGUGUUAAAAAGCAAAUAGAUAGCGAGAAAUCACAAGUCACAUUGGAAACCCAAGAUGUUAAUGGCGAGAGUGUUGAUGUUUGGCGAUGGGAAAAAGCAUCUCCAAUGAAGACUAGAUCGAAAACUGCAAAGAAAUCCACUGAAGAAACAACUGAUUUUAUUACAUCGGAAGUAGGACUUACUGAAUGUCUUAAAUUACGUAAUUGUUUUCGUACGGAUAGAUAUACAGGUGAUAAGGAAAUCGAUCAUAUUACCAAAGCUAUUCGAAAUCGUUGCGCUAAUAUGAAAGAGAUCGAACAUAUUGGAAUUAAUGCGGCUUUUGUCUAUAUUAAGUUCGCAUCAAAAGAAGCAGCUGGUCAUGGUUAUGAUUUACUCAAUAAUUGGAUCUUUGAAGAUCGAACAAUAAGUGUCAAAUAUAUUCGUCAUAGUCGAUAUAAUGAACAUUUUCCUGAAGCACGAAAUGCUAGUUCAAAAAAAUGA